CAACUGCUCAUUCCUCUUGCACGUACCGAACGGACUGGUGUCUGUAUGUGCUGUGCAUUGCUUUCAACUGGAAUACGCUGGAGCGAAGCCUACACAGGUCAAACGAGAUUUUGAUUAUAUUGUACAGUGGCGAUAAUCAAAUUUUCCUUGAUGAUAUUCUUUUACUGGGUUGUACUGCUUUCUCGUAUUUACUUUAGGGACUUUUUUCCUAUUAUGAAACUGCUACUGAAUGUUCAGUGAGUUAGGGCUAUUCCAGUUCUCUCAGCAUUGGAUUGUUUGAACUCAACUUGCUAAGUGAAUGCAGCUGAAUUGAAUUGGAAGAACUCCAUGAAUGCUGGAAUAAGAGUGUGAAUCCUAUUUCAAAUUAUUAAUUUAACCCACUCUUUCAAGUUGGCUAUUGUAUGGUUUAUGGAAAUGGAUUUUUGGUCUACUGAUCACUUUGGGAGGUAUUCCCACAGUAAAAUACCUAAGCUGAUGCCCUAAAAUAUCAGACAACUUUAAAAAAAAUUUUUUAAACAAAGUCGAAUUACGACUUUGCAGGUAUUGCUCCUUCAAAUCUAGUUGGACUGGAGAACAUGACCACGAGCGGUCAGCAAACUACUGCAACGCCAGGGCCUCUAGACCUGAGGACUAAACGUCGACAUGGAAAAGUCAGCGAGGAGGAUGGAGUGAAUCAUUCUGAGUCUGAGAAGGCCCAGAGUCGCAAUGGUAACUCCAUGGACAAUGCCAAGGUGAAGGUUGAAGAAAUGUUUGUUCAUUCGCAAGGGGGCUCUGGCAACAGCAAUGGUACAAGAGAAGCAGCCAUCGAGCCUCAGCAUCCUUCUAGGUCAACGGCAGUGCCAAGUGUCAAUGAGAGGGCAUUGAAAACAGACCCGAGUCUGGGAAAUAAUGACUGUCCUAUGACGCUUGAUCCUAGGUCUGCAUCGCUCUCUGGAACUUCGUCCUUAAAAUGUGAAACUGACGGCAGCACUGCAGCAAACUGUGAGUCAAGGACAAUGGACCAAUCCGUCUCGAAGCUUCCUUUCAGAAAGCGCCCGUUUCCUGCUGGACAAGAAACGAACGGUCCAUCGAGGACGCCCCCCGGGAGUGAACUCCGCCGGCCCCCCGGGAGUGACGAAGGUGCGAGCCGCUGUCCGGCGAAACAAUCGAGACGAAGCGCGCCCGAGUCCUUGGGCACCCGGCCUCAGGCGCAGCCGCAGCCUGUCCCUGUGAAUGGAGCGCUGCCUAUGGACCCGUAUCGCCAUAUACCGACAAUCGCAUCAUAUUUGCCUUACCACGGUUACACAGUCUUCCCCGCCCCCGGCCUGUUCAUCAAUAUGCCCGUCACCCCCCUACCGUUCCCCGUCCCCCCGCCGACAGAGCUGGACCACCUGUCCAUAGAUGUGGUGACAUGGCAGGACGAGGAUGGUGAUACGGCUCUCCACAUUGCAGUAGUACAGGAGCAGGAAGAUCUAGUUCACAGACUGAUCUACACUCUGGUCCAGGCUCACAAAGAUCUGGACGUAUACAACAACCUGAGACAGACGCCGCUGCACUUGGCUGUGAUCACCAACCAGGCGGGCCUGGUGGAGGUGCUGUUGCGGGCGGGGUCGGACCCCGGGGCGCUGGACCGGCACGGACAGACGGCGGCCCACCUGUGCUGCGAGCACGGCCUGCGCGGGUGCCUGGAGCGGGUGCUCACCCAUCCCUCCACCCUCCUCUGCCUGGAAGCCCGCAACUACGAGGGACUGACGCCUCUCCACCUGGCUGUUCAGAAUGGGAACAAGAAACUGGUCAAGCUGCUGCUUAACAGCAGAGCUGACAUCGAUGCUGUGGACAUAAAGAGUGGUCGCAGCCCCCUCAUCCACGCAGUGGAAAACAACAACAUAGAGAUGGUCAUCUUCCUCCUCGAGAACGGCUGCAACGUGAAUGCGCAGUCCUACAGCGGGAACACGGCCCUGCACAGCGCCUGUGGGCGGGGCCAGGUGGAGGUGGUCCGGCUCCUCCUCAGGAACGGGGCCGAUAGCAGCCUGAAGAACUACCACAACGACACCGCCCUCAUGGUGGCCAAGAACAAGAAGGUGACAGAUGUGCUGCGUGGGAAAGGGUCCCGUAGCCAGAACCCGAAACCGCUGGAGGGUUCUUCUGAGCCCCCCUCCCCACACAGAUGCACACCACUUUCUCAACAACAUAGUGCUAAUGGAACUCCAGUUCCAUCUCCGAGCCACACCCACCAUCGCUCCCCAUUAGCCACCCACAGUGCCUCCCACAGUGCCUCCCACUCUCCAAGUGCUCCUCCUUUCACACAAUCAACUGAGAGCCAGCCUGGAGAAAAAGAACAACAACUGCAGUCUGUGGUUGUGCACCCCAGCAUGACAGGAGACCACAGUCAGAGGCUGCUCUUCCAAAGUAUGCCUGUUCCACCAGUGUGCAACCCCUACCCAUCUUCCAUAUCAGAUUGUCACAUGAGUGCAAUUAUUCCCAGUUACAGGUAUAAUUUACAUGACCAAAUGACAACAGUUUCCGUGAGAACCUGUUAUGGCCCAGACAACCUCCCCUACCUAGUCACUCAUCAUGCCUCACGAUUUAACCAUGGCCAAUCCCGUCCCUCCAGCCACUGCAGUGACCAAUCAGAUGCAUCUACCAUGAGCAUUAGCAGUGACGGGAAAGGUGAAAGUUGACCUUGGCUAAGAGUAACAGUUGACAGGAGCUUUGAAUCCAUUCACUUACCUCAGUUUACAGAAUUUGUAAUGCGGCACUGUGAACACGUGUUCUUAGAAUGCUACAUUCCAUGCACAGGGAUGUUUUCUGUUUUGUUUUGUUUUGUUUUGUUUUGUUUUGUUUUGUUUUGUUUAGCUACUUAGGGACUGAGUCAGGAAGGAUUUGAUCAAAAAGCAAAUGCGUUCAGAAAAUGACUCUGAUGUCAUGACUGAACGCCAGACAGAAUUUGGUCGGAUAGUAUCAGACUUGAAGGACGUACCACUGAAGAAGGUUAAUGUAGCCUAAAUGGAGCUUGUCUGCAUUGGCAGCAGUUACAUCAUGUGAUUUAGGCUACAUGUAAACCUGCUGUAUGUCCAGUGUAUGCACAGAAUUCAGAAGAACAUUUUCACAUGCUCCCUGUAUUUAUUUCUAGAACCUCACAUGUUGAUAUUUUGUGUUUAAUAUGUAACCUUGGUUUUUUUUUUUUUUUUUUUAAACAUGAUUUUUACAGCCCACAUGAUAUAAAGAGGUGCACUGCAUUGAGACUGAACAAUAUUUGUCACGCAUAUGAUAAAUGAGUUGAAACUUGCCUUCAUUAAAGCCUUAAAAUUAUCCAUUAAAAUGUAUUGGUCAGACCAAGGGAUCUCUUAUUUAUUUGUAUACCAAAUUCCAAAAUUAUUACAAUUUUUUAAAUUACAUUCCAUACAUUUGUAUUCUUUAUACAAAUUGUGUAAAGGUUGUAGCUAAUUUUAUUACUGUGUGUGAAUAUGCAUAUAUUUGAAAUGACUUGAGAAUAAAUAUUUUUUAUUACAUAAAAA